UUACGUCACACAGUGGGCGAUACUGAGUGCGGUAUCGUUAUUUCCGGGUUACUUUCGUGCUAGUCUCGGUUUUUAUAUAUACAUUUUGUGCGGACGGUGGACAUUUAUCGGAGUGUUUUUUCUAUUCCUGAAGCAAAAAAAAAAUAAAAAAAAAUGAACAGACUAUUCGGCAAAUCGAAGCCUAAAGUGCCGCCACCCAACCUCACUGACUGUAUCGGGAGUGUUGACGGCAGAGCAGAGUCAAUAGACAAGAAAAUCUCACGGCUUGAUGCAGAACUGGUUAAGUAUAAGGAUCAAAUGAAAAAGAUGCGAGAAGGACCAUCUAAGAAUAUGGUGAAACAGAAGGCCAUGCGUGUGCUGAAGCAGAAAAGAAUGUAUGAGCAGCAGAGAGAUAAUCUAAACCAACAAUCUUUUAACAUGGAACAGGCAAAUUAUACCAUUCAGACACUAAAAGACACAAAAACAACGGUGGAAGCCAUGAAAAUAGGUGCAAAAGAAAUGAAGAAAGCAUACAAGCAAGUCAAAAUCGACCAAAUAGAGGAUUUGCAAGAUCAGUUAGAAGAUAUGAUGGAAGAUGCAAAUGAAAUCCAGGAAGCAAUGAGCCGCAGUUAUGGAACACCAGAAAUUGAUGAAGAUGACCUUGAGGCUGAGCUUGAUGCGCUAGGAGAUGAACUUUUGUUGGAUGAGGACAGCUCCUAUUUGGACGAAGCAGCUUCAGCUCCAGCAAUCCCAGAAGGAGUUCCCAGCGACUCAAAAAACAAGGAUGGCGUUCUGGUGGAUGAAUUUGGGCUACCACAAAUCCCUGCUACAUAAAGCUAGUCCCUUGUAGAAAUAGUCAGAAUCCACAAAUUUAAGUUUUUUUUUUUUUUUGCUUUAAACUUAUUUUACACAGUUACAUUCAUGUAACCUAAAAGAUCAAAAAACCCUUGGACUUAAUGCUUCAAACAUUGAUCACUACAUCCUGUCCUGUGGGGAAAAAAAAGACUUAUUAACAUACUGGGAGCAGCAGCAUUCAGUACUCCAGGAUGGUUACAGUAUACGCACCAUUGCAGGAAUUGGUUACCAUCAGUACAUGUAUGCAUAAACUUCUACACAUGUACAGACUCCUGUAGUGCCUUAAUGAUUUCGUCCUCUUGCACACAACACAUCUAAAAACUGUAACCUUCACAGCAGUGAGGAGGUGGAUAUUGGAAGAUUUCUGCAGGUGCUUUCCAGUAUAAAUACUUUUGUAAUUAAAAUGCUACAAUAAUAUAAGAUACAAAACGUUGUAUUCCCCAACCUGUAAUAUACUGAUUUCCUUAAGUCAUAAACUAAAAUACCCAGAGUUCGUGCUAAUGGUGUUACAUAUUUUUGCAUCAUGCCUCUUCAUUUGAUAAACCAGUUUUUAAAAACGAAUUAAUCACUUGUAACUUCUUCGGUUACUGUUAAUAAAUAAAAACAAUUGCUCUUGAA